UAGUAGGCCUCAUUACUGCUGCUAGCUCCGCCUUUUGAGAGCUCCCAUUAAGCGAGGAGCUGAGAGAGCAGACCUGGCCGGCGUUUGCGUGUGGGAAAGGAGCGAGGAGCUGAGAGAGCAGACCUGGCCGGCGUUUGCGUGUGGGAAAGGAGCGAGGCGUGAAGAGGAGAGAGGAGAGAGGGAGCGUCAAACGGCGUGUGAGAUAUAAAUGGAGGAGAGAUGUGGCGGGCGCGGGAUGGGCUGGUAAAAUCAUCAGUCCAUGUGUGAAAUCGUUGUGUCAGUGUGAAAUCAAGUCCCCAUAAAAAGCCGCGCUCUGCUUCGCCGCGGAAGCCGUUCCCGCUCUGCUUCGCCGCGGAAGUCCGGCCGUUCCCGCCGCUCUGCUUCGCCGCGGAAGUCCGGCCAUUCCCGCUCUGCUUCGCCGCGCAAGCCGUUCCCGCUCUGCUUCGCCGCGGAAGUCCGGCCGUUCCCGCUCUGCUUCGCCGCGCAAGCCCCCAUGCCUCCCGGCAGAAAGAAGCGUCGGGUUCUUCCCAAAAAUUCCGGCGCCGCCAAGCGGAUCCGCAAAGAUGAUCCGCCAGACGACGGCGCCAAACAAGAUGAUCGUCCCCCCUCAAAGAAGGUAUUGGCCACCAAGCGGCGUUGCAAAGAUCCGUCAGAAGAACCCGAGGAUGAAGAUCAUGCCGCGCAAGCCCCCAUGCCUCCCGGCAGAAAGAAGCGUCGGGUUCCGCCCAAAAUUUCCGGCGCCGCCAAGCGGAUCCGCAAAGAUGAUCCGCCAGACGACGGCGCCAAACAAGAUGAUCGUCCCCCCUCAAAGAAGCACACAAAGGGCAAGCAGGUAUCAAGGAACGAGGAUGAGGAGGUAUCCGGGAACGAGGAUGGGGAGGUAUCCAGGAACGAGGAUGAGGAAUACAAGGAUGAUGGUGGAACCAGGAUGAAGACGAUGAUGGUGGACACCAAGAUGAAGAUAAGGUAUCCAAUCUUUUUCGCUGCUGCCGCAUUUCCAGAAUUACAGACAAAGGGCAAGAAAAAGAAAUGUAACAUAGGUUCACAUUGUGAACCUAAUUCCAUCAUUAAGGCAGUUGAUGCUCUAUCAGAUUCUGCAAAAUCAGUAGUGAGAGCUUCUGGUUUUGGUGCCUUUCUUCGGAUGGAUAUUACAACUCUUUAUUCCAUUGAUACUAUCAUGUAUCUGAUGAACAAUUGUGAUGUGAGCUCCGAUGGUGAAUCAUUCACCGUUGUUGUAUCAGAAGACAAUCAAAUAGAGGUCACACCUGAGUUUGUCAAAGAAUGCUUUGGUAUCCCUGAUGGAGACAAAUCACUAGAGGAUCACUGGGGCAAUGAGUACAAUAAGUUUUGGCAACGCAUGAAAGAUCUUGGAUAUGCAGUCACUGCUAAAGUGAACUCUAGAGGUAAAAUUCAAGAGAACAAGAAACUCCCCAUCACCGAGAUAAUCGAAUACAUCAAAACUGUGAAAGAUAAGCAUUCGGAAGCCCGUGCUUUCUUCAUGAUUCUGCUAUGCAAGAUGUUGUUACCCACUCAGAGCAAUGUACCCACUCCGCAGCACGUGGGGAUGUGCUCGUACAUUGAUGAAGCCAAAAGCUAUAAUUGGUGCAAAUAUAUUUGUCAGAAUCUGAAAAGUAAGAUCUCUACAUGGAAGCAAAGGGAGAAACAACCAUCAAAAAUCGAGGGGUGCGCACUUCUGCUGUUGAUGUGUUUGCAUCAAGCUCUUAAGCCGCAACUUGCGCUGGAUGGUACACAAGCUGAUCCACUCAUCAAUCGCUACAAUGACAAAACAAUUGCAAAACUGGUCAAGGGCAUGAAUCUCCGGCAAGAGGUUGUCAAGCACAAGGACAACAUAGUCAAGAAACCAGUCCAGAAACCAGCAUCCCGAAAGCAAAAGGUUGUCCCUCUGCCUGCAACUAAAGGACCUUCCAAAAAUCUAGAGGACCACAUCAUUGAAAUUGCAUCUGUGCAACACUUUCUCAAUGAAAGUGAGGUUGACAAGGAUGAGGAGGGCAUCCUUUUAAAAGAAAUGAAGAGCUGUCAAGACAAGUUGAUGGAAGCAUUAAAGGAACUCCAGAUCAAAAAUAACGAAAAUUUAAAGAAAAUUGCGGAGGAACAUUCAUACUUGUCUAAGAUGUACAAAGAAAUCAAACGCAGGCCGGCCCUAGUUGAAGAUGUGAAAAUAGAAGAGCAGAUGAAGGAAAAUUGUGUGGUGGAAAUAGAUGGAGUUCAGAUAAUGGAGGAUAAUUUUGUUCGUAUCUUCGCACCAGGUGGUCAUUUGCACGAUGACGUUGUGGGAGUUCUGAGGUUCAUUUGGAUGAAAUCAUGGGAUGACCAGAUUGUUCUUUCAAUGGGUGCUGUUGAACAAUUGUUAGGGAUGAAUAAAAGAUCUGGUUAUCUUGAAAGAGAAUUCAGAAGCUGUGACAUAGAAAGACGAAGCUGUGACCUAAAGAAAACAAUUUAUGUCCCUUUCUGUAAGGGAACACACUGGUCCCUGGUUGUGGUAGAACCAGAUUUAGAUGUUAUAACUGUACUUGAUUCCUAUUAUGAUUUGGAGAAAAGCGAAGAAAAUCAUCAACAACUGAUAAAUGCACUUAAAAACCAUCUUGGUUCACUAGGCCUGCAAGGUCCAAAAUACAUCAUUUCAACGCCAGAAGUUCAGAAGCAAAAUAACCUUGACGAUUGUGGUUUUCAUAUGCUUAUGUACAUAAUGCAAUAUAAGGAUGGAAACUACAACAACAUUAGUGAGGCUCAAAUGCAAAAUGAUGGACACAUGUUGGCGAGAAGCUUCUGCUGAAAACUGUGCACAACCUGCACUUGGGUCUGCAUUGCCACUAAUGUUUUUUUCUUUAGUGAUCUUUUUAGCCUGUUGGUGAUGAACCGAUGUCAUUGUGGAACUUGUAAUGCUUGUCGGAUUGUUUCCUUAUUUCAUCCCCUAGUUGCUCAACGUAUGUGCUGCUGCCCAACAGUCCCAUGCACAUGGGUGUUCCAUGCAUGCAAAGGACACAUGAGGAUU